AUGAAUUCGGGCGAAAUCAAUGAAGGAACGCUGGCCUGUAGAAUCACUUUUUGUUGUCUUGCUCGCUGGGGCCUCAAGGUCUGGUGUGGGGGUGACUCUGUGCCCUUCUUCGCACAUAAACUCUAUCAAAUGGACUACAGUUGUAACACAAAAGAGUUUUCCAUGCUAGAUAAAUUCCUUCCCCAAGAAACUCUCAACAGGCCAACAGUCACCCGAGCAGUGAACAACCAAUCAAAAGCUGGUACCUCCAACGUCAACGCUAGCGCUAAUCCCUCUGGUACAGGUGCAUGGCCGCGAGAGGUUGGCGUACAAUGUGUAUUCUGGAAUAGUGGAAACGGGCUUUCAGCCUCUCAGGGUAUUUCUGGUCUCAUGACGCCCAGUGUUUAG